AUGGCUUCAAGAACUUGCAAUUCAUGUCUGCGGGCGCUGAAGUUUCAAUCAAAACGUACUGCUAGGAACAGCAUCGCGAAAUUCACCUCCAAUCACAAUUCUACUCGAGCCUUCGCAACGGCUAACGACAAAUAUGCAAAUCUCGCAGAGGUCAAUCAAAAUCAUGGAACAUCAAUUCCUCCUGUUACACCUCCUGCUGCCGGAGACAAGGCAGGCCACACCUCACGUACCUCUCAAACCCUUGCGAAGGAAUUCCAAAAAGUUUCCGGCAAAGGCUUAACCGGAACUUAUACCGCAUAUGGAGCCACAGAAGAGCUGUAUAAAACCUGCGGGGCGCAAGCAGACUAUUCUAUACCACAGGCGUCGGAUUCAGAGGCGGAGAUGCCAAAGACAGAAGAAGGUGAAGACUUAGGCGUUGGUAAUGGCUGGUGGCAUGAUAGAUUAAAACCUACCUUCAGCACCUGGUCACAAGUAACCAUGCUUCAUUUAUAUUUACUUUCUGUACGCCUUAGAUGUCUCCCUGGUACCGAAUCGCAGCCUUGGCAACAACAUCUUCUCGACCAUUUCUUCUAUGAUGCUGAGAAUAAAAUGAUUAUCAAUCAUAAUAUGCAUGCUCGUGGUACCCGUAACAAAUAUCUUAAAGAUAUGUUUGUUCAAUGGCGAGGUCUUCUAGCGGCUUACGAUGAAGGUCUGGCGAAAGGUGAUGCUGUGUUAGCGGCGGCUGUCUGGAGAAAUGUUUUCAAGGCAAACGAGAAUAUUGAUAUCAAAGGACUUGCGACGAUCGAGGUCAUGAGCGGACAAUUGACCUUUAGAGACCCUGCAGAUGAGGCAAGUCUCGUUGGAGUUAAAAGCAAAAUGAUGGAUUUGCCACUUGAUAAGACUCAAGGGAAGAAAUUAUAG